AACAAAGCAACGCCUCCAGCUCCCAGCGCGCGCCGCAGUCUUCCAACCCGCACGAGAGAAGAAAAGUUCUGUGGACUUUUUUUUUUGUUGUUGUUUUGUUUUGUUUUAGUUGGGGGGAAAAGUUCUCGUCUCGGGACAAUCAACAGCUAAACCAAAAAGACUCCGCAGCUCUUCGAAAUGGAUGACAUCCAAGUUGUUGAGUCCAAACCCCUGCUGGUCGACAGGGAGCUGCCGGGCCUGAGAGAGGCCGUGCAGCAGCUUGUCGUCAAGGAGCAUGAUGUGGAGACGCCUUAUGGGCGAGUUCGCUGUACGAUGAAGGGGGUUCCCAAGGGGGACAGACCCGUCAUCCUCACCUUCCAUGACAUUGGACUGAACCACAAAACCUGCUGGAACUCGCUGUUCAACCAUGAGGACAUGGCAGAAAUCAUGCAGCACUUCGCCGUGUGUCACGUCGACGCCCCCGGGCAGCACGAGGGAGCCAACACCUUCUCCACCGGAUAUGAGUAUCCCUCAAUGGACCAGCUGUCUGAGACUCUCCCUCUGGUGCUGAAGCACUUUGGGCUGAAGAGCAUUAUCGGAAUGGGCAUCGGCGUCGGAGCCUACAUUCUGACCAGAUUUGCCCUGGACUACCCGAACAUGGUGGAGGGGCUUAUGCUCAUCAACAUCAACGCGUGUGCGGAGGGAUGGAUCGACUGGGCCACUCACAAGAUCAGCAGCUGGACACACGCCAUGACUGACACCAUCAUCGGCCACCUCUUCGGAAAGGAAGAAAUCCACCACAACCAAGACAUGAUUGCAACAUUCCGCCACCACAUCGUGAACGACAUGAACCAGUACAACCUGCAUCUCUUCGUCAAGGCCUACGACAGUCGGAGGGAUCUGGACAUUGAGAGACCGGUCCCUGGAAGCAACGUGAGAACCCUCAAGUGUCCUUCUCUGCUGGUGGUUGGCGACAGCUCUCCUGCCGUGGACGCCGUGGUCGAAUGCAACACCAAGCUCGACCCGACAAAGACUACCCUGCUGAAGAUGGCGGACUGCGGCGGCAUGCCCCAGGUUGACCAGCCUGCCAAGCUGACGGAAGCUUUCAAGUACUUCAUUCAGGGGAUGGGAUACAUGCCGUCGGUCAGCAUGACCCGCCUGGCCCGCUCCCGCACCGCCUCCGGCUCCAGCGUCACCUCCUUCGAGGGCAGCCGGUCCCGCUCCCACACCACCGAGGGCAACCGGUCCCGCUCGCACACCAACGAGGGCAACCGCAGCCGCAGCCACACCGCCGACGCCCAGCACGCGCGCGCCCACACGGAAGGCGGCGCCGACAAGAACAACGUGGACCAGGCCGUGCCCAAGUCCACCGAAGUGUCCUGCUAAAGCGCCCCCCCCCCCCCCCCCCAAGACCUCUCACCGUCCCUUUGAUCUGCGCUGCACUGCCUCUGAUUAACUGUUUCUACACACCGACCUACAGAGCAAUACCCAAAUCCCCGGAAUUGUUAAAACGCACAAAAUGCACAGUCGACCUGAGGUUUCCCCGGUUCAGACACGCCUGAACAGAAGCCGUGUGUGGCGACGGGGUAAUCAGGGACAGCGCAGCAUUUCGGGGGGACUCCGAAGCAGAAUGUCGGAGGAAAGCUGUGGCUCAAACUCCACCAGCUUGUAAUGUAUCUCUUUUACUCUAAACGCAUUAACAGUGACUUCUAGUACAGCAUUCCUCCAUCCUGUUUUUUUUUAUCCAUUUGACCUUUCUGACACAGCUUUCUCCGCUCCACCCGACUCUGUAAACGUCCGUUUCCUGUUCUUCUCACUGUCAUCGUCUGAUCAUUUAUACUUUUUCGUUUUUCCACGUCUCGAGUGUCGUCCUUGGCGCGUAGCGGCAGAUUUGUAGGCGUCGAGAGAGGAAGGGGAGGCAUUUUUAGAUAAAACACAUAAUGUUUGCCUGGAAUCACAAAUUUAAGGGACAUACUUCAAAUAUGUUUUGUGUAUAUACAGCGAAUUAUUCUGUUUGACUGACCAAUGUUCUCAUGUUUUUUUUUCUUCCCUGCUACUUCGGAACAUGUCUAUCGUUAUGAAAUACAAAUUUUUUUCUAAGAAAUCAUUUAGUAAAAAAAUACAAUGUUUGUCAUAGCAUCCAUUGAGACUUUCCGCGUCGUCUUAAAUGAAAACUUUCGUCAAAUAAAAAAAAAAAAAUUGUUCUAUAUGCUUUACGUAUGGAUCAUGGCUUCAGACAAAAAACAAAUCCCAUUUCUUUCAUGAUUACUAUGCAAUCAAGCACAGCGGAACAAAGAUGUGCCAUGAAAUUGUUCCUUUUUUUUUUAAAAAAGAAGCGAUGCUCCUGUGGCUGAGGAUUUCCUGGUGAGUGAAGAGAUCGGUCAACAUGUUAACAUGAGGCUAACUAGAGAUCUUACCUGAUUCCUUCUACUCCUGUAAGUUACUUGCACUACAGCGAAAAUUUGACUUUUUAGGACACAUACACAGCUUUGUAAAGAUGCGAUGCACAACUGUCUAAUGCUGUAGGAAAGCAUUACAUGACAUAACAGUUUGUAUUUAUUAAAAAAAUGACAAUAAAAACCUUGUAACAGA